AUGGGGUCGGGGGGCAGCCUCCGAGGCCGGCCUCGCCCCUAUCCUUCGCCCCGAUCCCUCCCUGGGCGAAGCCUCGUGGCCACUUGGGUGAUGAAACACCCGGCAACCGGCAGCCACGCACUCGGGUUGUGGCCGCCACCUCUGGCCCCCAACCCCAAGCCCGGCCCGCCCGGCCACGCAGGGUCCCCGGCCCUCCGCCCCCAGCCUCCAGUCACCAUCACUCCGAUAGCUCUUCCUCGCCGGCACUCCCGAGGGCCGGCCAGCUGCAAGGAGCGGCGGCGCACGCAGGGAGGAGGGCGAGCGGGCCCUCGUCCUUGUCGCUGUAGUCCUCCGCUACGAGCCGCAGCGCUAGCGCCGGAGCUGGCCCGGGCCGCUCUCCUCUCGCUAAGGCAGGUGGAUCUCAAAUUCAAGGCCAGCCAGGACAAAAUAGCUAUACCCUAUCUUAAAAAGAAGGCCAAGAAUUCGGUAGGUGGAUGUCUCAGCAGUCCUGAUCUGGUGCUGAAAUCCCUGGGAAUUCCCAGAGAGCUGCUGGUUUUCCAUGCAUACAGGAAUCCCAAAGGGGGUCAAGAGGAAUUGGACCGCCAAUUCAGACGCCUAUUUGGACCGCUCAAAUUUGACUAUAGAGAUCCAGAUUUCAUAGAGAAAGUUGUGUCCUACCUCCCUACUGCUCUAAGGAAGAGGAAGGACGACUUUGUGGAUUCUUUCCUUGCUGUCUAUCCUGCUUUCGCCACCACCCGGAAGGUGCUGGCAUUAAUAACGGACAAGAUUAUGUGUGGAUCUCCCGAUGCUGACUUUCUAGAAGACUUCCUUAUAAAGAGAAACAUUCUAGACUUUCUGAUAGACUGGAUGCAAAAGGUACCGCAGGAUUUUAGGAUGGCUCCGGACCGGGCGAUCCUGAAGAGACUUCUGGACUACCUGUAUCAGGACUUUCCUCAAGUAUUCCCCCGACUGCGUGUCCAGAGGCUCCUGUCACAGCUGGAGGCGCAGAAGUCCACGGAAACGCCCGAGGAAGAUGAGGAGGCCACAGAUCGUGGGUUCCGCUGGACAACAACAUCAUUAGCCCUGAUACCGGAUGCCACAGAGAUGCAGGAGAAGCUGCAUCCUUCACCACCUUCUGUGGCAGGGCCACCGGGAGACCUGACACCCAAAGAGGACACUGAGAGCGCGGAUUCGGCAACAGGGGGACCAACUCUGCCCGAGGAUGGACCAGGGCAGCUUAAAGACACAUCAGUCGAUUCAGUGCACAUAAUCAUCCGUAUCCAAACUCAUGAGUACAUCCCUGCAGUUGUGCCUGUUUUCCCACUGCCUGAUGUUGAUGUGUAGUUAGAGAACCAAAUCACCUACGGAGUUCCACCUGCACGCAGAAGCUCUGCGGCCCUAUAUAGGGAAAACGUCCCUGUCCAUUUUGUUUAACUCUUUGUUGCUGUUGUUUCCAUUGUUAUAUUGUUGUUUAAUGUUGAUUAUCAAUAAAAUUUUCGUCCUCAUUUUAA